GUAUGGUAACCGUCUAUUUUAAUGGGGUCAUUGAAAAUUGCGCGAAUUAUUGGAUUUUGUUCCAGAUACUGGCACCAGCAGAGUUACUUCUACAAAGCAGUUUUACGUAUGUCUAACUGGACAAACGGGCGAUUUACCAUCGUGUUACCAGGACAAACAAUUUCUUUAACAAGUAUUUCUAUAAAAGUAGAUCCGCCUCCCCAAAGCCUCGACAGUGACCAAGAAAGUGGAUUUCUGCUCGGUUUUGGAUUUAAACAACUUAAACAUGAGGGAGAAAAGGUAGAUAGUUACUUAAACUCGGCCAUCGCAACUUAUGAUGUAACCAGAGAUCUAAAUCUUGCAAACAUUGAUGGUUUGAACGUAGCUUACGUACUGUUUGGGGAAAGUGAAAGUAGGCCUAGAUUUCCUGUCAUUCGAGGUGUGGCCCUGUAUUCGGGAAACUGGCCUAGUGCAGAUAUACCAAAAUGGCAAUUUAAUCUGGAUAAAGAAAAGACACCAGUGAUAAAGGAAAUAUUUCAGAAAUAUGGAAUAGAUACAUUAUUUCGAAUAAGUUGUUUUCCCAAAGAAAACGGAACAGAUUGUAGGAAUGAAAACAACAUUGAAGUGCUGCGAUAUGACGGCGAUCUGUCUCAAUCAAGUACAGCUGUACAAAAUGCAGAGUUUCAACGAUGCGAUUCAAAUCCAGUCUCAACCUCCCCGGUGUUUGACAGGGAAUUAUAUUGCCCCGUUUUCCACAGUCUAACGCGGACACGGUCCAUUUUGGAAAAGUCCACAGUAUGCAUCAGAGAGGCAGAGGAACUCCUUCGAAUUUAUGAUGCCACUGUCCCAACAGACUUUAGCCUCAAAGAUCUGAAGAAAAUGAUGAAAUUUCCAUUUGUUGUGGUGGAGGGACUUGAUGCUACUGGGAAGACCACCUUGACUGAAACACUGGAGAAGAAAAUGGCUGCAUGUAGAUAUUUUACACCUCCUCCCCCAAUACAGCAUCUGAGGAAACGUUUUGAUGACCUUCCAGAAAUCGUCAGAAGGGCCUACUAUUCCAUUGGCAACUAUAUUGUUUCCAUAGCAAUACUAAAAACGUGUCAGGAAAAACCUGUUAUCAUGGACAGAUUCUGGCACAGUACUGCAGCUUAUGGUAUAGCCAAUGAAACAAGCAAUGAAGACAUUCCAUUGGAAGGCCACUGGGUGUAUAAGUGGCCCAGUGACCUUUUAACCCCAGACAUUGUCCUCUUUCUGACAGUCAGUGAGGAGAUCAGAAAGCAGAGGAUGCUGUUAAGAGGAGGGGAGAAAACUCAAGAAGAAAAACAUCUAGAUAAAGAUAGACUGUUUAGAGAAAGAUUAUACCUAGCCUACAAGAGAAUGGAGGAGCCUAGCUGUAUAGAAAUAGAUGCCAGUGGGUCCAUAGAGACAGUUCUGGAGGCAGCAGAAAAGGAGUUGGCAAAGCACGGGGUCUAUCUAGACCAGAAUGAAGCUAAAUGAUGCAUAAUGCAUAUCUAAAGAAAUCCACAAAAUACAUGUACACACAGUAUAAUUUGUUAAAACCCAUAAUCUGUGUUCUCAGGAAUUUUGGAAAUUUCAGGGUGACAGCUAAACAGUAUUAUUCCAAUGUACUUCCUGAAAAAAUUGAUUUAAUAAGAAAUUGCAUACAGUAUUAUCUGGUUAAC